GCCUGCCGCUUCAAAAAGGGAUCCCAAUCUCUCUUUCCCUUCCCUCCCUUGGCCUUCUGCUCUUGAUCACCUUUUCAAACUUCAAAAACCGAGAACCGCCAUUACCAGUACAUAGGUACAUACCUCGACCAUAGCCCCAGUGCGCCUGCCUAGUACCUACAUUACUUCAGCAGAGAAACCGAAGUGCAGCACGACAAACCGGCCCGUGCAUGCUAGGACCUCUACCACUAGCUAUUUCUGCCUAGCCAGACACCAACUUCGACUUAUUUGCGCAACACGAACCACCGUCGUUUGUGGGAUUCACCAAGGUUGGAUAGUAUAGCGACAACAGCCUUUACCACAAAUCAGUCGGGAUGCCCAAAAUCCAGAGCUUCUCGGCGCCCUGGCUCCAGGAGCCAAACCCCGGCCACAAGCUCUUUGAGCAGUCCGAGGAAAACAGCCGGCUCCCCGCUUCGAUAGCCUUCUCCAGGAACGCCAGUCAGGGACCCAAACGCACCAUCGCUCAACGAGGAAACGAGGUCUUUGUUGCCCGCGGAAGGGAAAUCAGAUGGGGAGAUAUCGCCUAUCUGAAGGACGCCUGGGAAGCCCAUCAGUCACGGACCGGUGCUGCAAGCCACCUCAACGGAGAUAGCUCCGAUAGCUCCUUCGAGGUCUACGAUGAGGAGACAAGCCGUCUUCCCCAGGGACCAGGCUACCGGAUCAUCAAGACCCCUGUCGCCAGCGAGAUUCGGCAGCUGGUCAUCUCCCCUAACAAGGAUCAGUUGGCCGUCCUGACCUCCCACACAGUCCACGUCUGUAUGCUGCCCGACACCUCUCACCUCACCUCUGGAGAGACGGCCCCCUUCAAGCCCAAGUUCUGGACCCUCGGCCCUACCACUCACGUCACCUCCAAGUCCGCUGUUGUCAGCGCACUAUGGCACCCUCUGGGCGUCAACGGCAGCUGUCUGGUAACCGUCACCGAAGAUGCUGUGGUCCGCGAAUGGGAGCUUUCCACUAUCGAUCGGUGGUCCUUCGACACCCCUACCCUCGAGGUCGACCUCAAGAGGCUGGCCGACGGCACUUCAGUGGACCAGGAUUUCGGUGCUUCGACAUCGACCAACAAAGCCUUCUCGCCCGAUGACUUCGACAUGAAGGUCGCUUCGGCCUGCUUUGCCUCGCGCAACUCGAACGGCUGGGCGCCAAUGACAUUGUGGGUGGCCAUGGCCGAAGGAGAUGUUUAUGCUCUGUGCCCCCUCUUGCCGCGCCGCUGGUCGCCUCCUCCGACACUCAUUCCCUCGCUUUCCGUCUCUGUCGCCCAAAAGAUCGAAACCCUCGAGAGCGAUCCGGAGGCCACUCGGGAGGAGAAGCUCCUCGCUAAGCAACAACUGGAGUGGAUGGCCGAUCUCGACAAUCAGGAACCCAAACUCCUUGAUGGCCCCUAUGGAGAAGUCACUGAGGUGUAUUCGCGCCCCUCUCGGCCGGGAAGCAUUCCUCGACUCCAGGGUCCCUUCGAGCUCGCUGUUGCUCCCAAGGAUGAGCAGGACGACGAGGUUGAGCUGAAAGAUAUUUUCGUCAUCGGCGCUAAACGCAACACUGCCGAGCUUAUGAUGGGCGAAGAUUUCGAGCUUUAUGCGGAUGAUGAUGAUAAGGAUAGUCUCUCCAUGUCAGUCAUCUGCCUCCUAUCGACUAGCGGACAGGUCAAGAUCUGUCUCGAUAUCGAUGGGGUUGAGGCUCAAUGGCUGCCUCCGCGGAACGCCUCGACCCGGGGUUUCCCUGACCACGACAUCCCGUCGUUGCUCGUGUUCCACACUUUCGACACGCUCAAGCCAGCCGAAAUCACACCCGACAGUUGGCCGGUGUUCAGUGAGGAUGUCACCACCCGCUAUGCGUUCUACGUCACACAUGCUGCUGGCAUUACCUAUGUCUCACUGGCUCCAUGGGUUUCCCUUCUAGAGAGCGAGCUCCAGAGUGACUCGGAGGCUGGGGUUGACUUCCGGUUCGACCUCAUGGUCAAGGGACAGCGUGCCGAGGUCGAUCGCAUCUACACCCCCCAGCAUGCCCAGAAUGUCCUUGCUGCCGCUACGGCUUUCAAGAGCUCCGAUCUGGGCCACUUUGUUUUGUCCGCUACUCACAAUGACCCGGUCAUCAUUUUCUUUGAUACGCCCGAGAGCGAGUUGAUGUCGGAUCGUCAGGAGACCCCCGUGCCGACCGAACAUGGAGAUACGCCUGAACCUCUUACGGUUUGGGAACCUCGGCCGCUGUUCCAUCCUUCCGAAGUAUUGAGCCGGCCUAGCACCCUGCCUCCGUGGGUGGAUGCACUGAGAACUAGCAGGAAGCGCCCGCUUAUGCAGCAGGAGGUCCGGUUGUCGGUUGCCACCCUGGAAAUCUUUACCGAGGGUCAUCGCCUUGUUAGCUCCGAGGUGUUUGAGCUCAAUAAUGCCGUCGCCGAGCUCUUCAGGAAGUGUGAAGCACUGACAUACGAGCUCAAGGAGCAGAUCACCAAGGUAUAUGAGGUCAACCAGCGGAUCGAGACCAUUUCUGGAGAAGGAGAGAGCAGAAGCACCAAGGAACAGAACAUUUCUGAAGAAAUGCUCGUCAGAAACAGGAUUGAUGUGAUGAAGGUCAGACAAGAGAACCUCGCUCGCCGAGUAGACAACCUGCGCAAGCGCUUGGGUCAGGUCUCGACCCGGGAGUUGAGCGACAAAGAAAAGGCUUGGGCAGAGGAGGUCCGCACUUUGGCAAGCAGUAUCCUGGGCGACGAGGAAGAAGAAGAUACCACCACGGCGUCUAUCUCUACUGCCGGGCAGUCACUCAAGCGUUUUGAGGAGGUCCAAACUCUUAGAGACGCCCUGUUUGAGCAAGCCCAACAGCUUCAGAGCACGGAUAGCGUUGACGGUACCUCCUCGCAGAUGCCCGUGAUGAAGAUCCCGUCGGAGAUUCGGAAGCAAAAGGUCGUGCAAGUCAUGAGCUUGUUGGAUCGUGAAACUGCUCUCGUGGAGGCAGUGAAGUCGCGUCUGGAAAAGUUGAGUAUUGAUUGAGUCUACCUUUCCGCAGGUUCUUGUUUGGACAGUUAGAUGGGUUGGUAAGGGAGGCUCUUUGGUUGAAAUUUCUGUAACAAAGUCAAUAAAAGCUGUUUUUCAAGUCGCGACUUUGUGUUUUCGGUGUU